GGGGGGGGGGGGGGGGGACCAGCUACUUGAAGUGUGCUCAUUAAGGACUAGUAUCCAACAUGUCAAAUAAGUAUGUCUUCAAUGUACAUGGCUUUAAACUACUAGCGACAUUUUUUUGCUAACAUCACGUGCUAGCUUAAUUAAGAUGUAUCAACAUGUUGAGGCCUGAUGAAGAUGAGCAUUCAGCAUCAAGAUUGUAACUAACUGCACACCAAGAGUUUGGCCGUGUGCUAGUAUAUAUCUCGAAUACCAAUCUCGAAUUGUAUAUCAGUCUUUGAUGUUAAUACUUUUGUUGCCAAAUUCAGGCUGUAUGAUCUAUUCUGGAAGCAUUCUGAUAUCGAUUUGUUGAAAUUGCUAAUAAAGACGAAGAAGCAUAGCAUAAUUAAAUUGACUACCUAGCUAUAUUAUUAAAAUAUACUUAUUUCCUGUAAUUUAUUUAGCGUGUUUCAAUUACUGAAACCGAAAACUGAUCUUUCGUAUAGUGGGAUUGAGUACAAAAUACCAAUCUGGGAGGAGGGGGGCAAUAUAUUACUAGUAUGCAACAUCAAAUAGAUUAAAAAUAAUGAAAGCAUUUCUCUAAAAACAGGAUUGUAUUAAAUGAAAGCACUAUUCGUUUAAACGUUACUAAUUUCAUACAUUUAUAUAUUUCAGAGUAGAAUCAAAACUUCCUUUCUCAUUUUUAGGUUGUAGUAUAUUACUACUAGUUAAAAGAGGAAAAUACAAUACCAGUAGUAGUGAUAUAUUACUACUAAUACUUAUAUUCCAAAAUGUUUCCUUGCUGCCCCACAAGAGUAUUUUUCAAUACGUCCAUGUAUUUCUACAAUGGAUACACUAUUCACAGAAAAGGAGAGAACAUAUUGGCCUUGGACGGUAAAAGAAAUGCGAGCGCAUUGGGAUUUGAUAUUCGCAAUAAUUAGAAACAGAGUAAUAAAUGGUGAGGCAGAAACUUCAAUGUACCAUUUUACUACAGCAUUUCACUUCUUCAUCUGUAUUACUUAUUCAUGAUGACUUUCUUUUUUUUUUCUUUUUCCUCUGUGUAUUCUUAUUCAUCAUGAUUCAUGAAUUUGUUUUUUCUAUUGAUACUGUGGGCAAACGCUUCUUACGCCUUCGGAUAGGAUCCAUCCUUUUAAAUAUUUGUAAUUAUUAGUUCUAUCUAGUGACCUACUCAGUUCUACAGACAUGUCAAGAAAAUUUCAUUUUUUUCUGUCUUGAGAUUUGACAUUGGUUCCCAAAGUAAUUUAAUUCUUCACUGUCCCAUUAAAUUUCUGGUUCGUUAUACGCUUCAACUAAACAAUGUUAAGAACUUUAACGGCCGGAAACAUUUAACUAGCUGGGAUACUCGGCCAAAGACAAGGCAAUCAAUAUAUGUAAAAUCCAACCAGACACUGAAAGAAUAAACUGUGCGAAUCACGAAUAAGUAUUGUUUGACCAAAAAGGCCGAAUUGAUAUAAAAAAAAUUACAAAUUAAUGUUAUAGUUAAAAUAUAAAUAUUCUAAUUUUCUGAUGUUUUUAUCAAAAUAUAAUAUCUUUAUAUAUAUAUUAAACAUCAUUUUGAGUUCUAUAUCUUAAAUAUAACUUACAAAGAAAAAUCUCAAAUAUAAUUUUUGUGAAAUUUUAUUUUUUUAUCAUGAUAUAUAGUUUAACAAAAUUGUUUUUUAUCUUUUAAAAGUUAAAAUUGUGUCGUUAGUAAGACAAUUUCCAAUGUAUUUUGCUAUUUUCAUUUUUAAAAUAGAUGAACUCUAUAAUAAAAAUAAAAUAUGUUUUAAUAUAUAUUUUAAAAAUAAUAAUUUUUAAAUAUAAAGUAAAAAAUAGAAGAAUACAAGAAAAAAUAUAAAUCUCUAUUAUAGAAGUAGAUUAGAGUAAUUUCACGUAUAAAUGUUAUUAUAAAGGUAAAAAUGAUAAUAGGUUAGAGAUGCUCCAAACCACAGACGACUAAACCAAAAGUAGACGAGACACUUGUUUAUUAUAAUAGUUUAAGCACUCCCUCGAAUACCAUUUGUUGUACGUUCAUACAAAACUUCGAAAACGUUAUUUAACUAUUAAAUUAUUCAUGUAUGACACGAAGCUCUUUAAAAAAAUUCAAACUUCGAAAAUAAAGAUCAAAUUUUAACGAUCAAACCGUCCUCCACCGCACCGCAGUUAACAGUAACAAAAAUCUCUGCAUAUACCAUAUAUCUAUACAUUUUUAUAACUGUUAGAACCGCACCGCAGUCAAACCGCUUGUUCCGCACUGCUCAAUUCACUGUUACCAUUCAGAGCCUUAAUUGGGUACACUCAACUGAAAAAAAGAAAUGAGAAGUUUGAAUAAAAUUAUUUUUAUCUCAUCAUCCAAACGAAAGAUUUGUAAUUACAGUUACAAAAAAAAAAAUUGUAACUAAAUAUAUCACCUGUUCUUUUUUUUUUUUUCUAUCAGAAGCCACUUUGUUCGUUUCAAACACCUGGUGGGUGGUACCAAUUGGUGCUUGGUACUACUACAAAAUCCAAAGUAAUGAUCAUUCAAAAACAAAAGUUAUGAUCAUUAGUCGGAUGAGAAAGGGUUUUUGCUUAAUCACAUAACAAUUCUGUUUUAGGCCACAGACAUGCAUGUUUGAGCGUAAUGAAGUCAUAUAUACGUGUGUUUGUAAAAUGGAUUGGUCUAUGUUUGCUGGUCAUGGGUCAUAUAUGUAUAUGAUGGUUUGUGGAACCAAACCAACCCAUAUGCUCUUUAAAAUAUGAAUUUGACCGAUCUGACAAGGUGGUUCGAUUCAGUUUGGUUUGAUUAAUUUAGAAACACUGAUUCAUCCACAAAAGUUCGCAACCAAAAAUCCAAUAACUAAAAUAUGCAACUCCAUCUGCACACUACACUUGAUCCAACUAGGCUUGUAAGCUGUAACUUGUAAGGCACACACAACAUUCUACGAGUAUUACUAAGACCACCAUUAACGCAGGUUAUUAACGAGGUCCUUAGGUAUUAAGUGGAUUAAAAUUAAAUCAGAAGAAAAGAAAAUAGGGAUAACCGGUCCUUAAUAGAAGUGUUUUGUGAUCGAAUAUAUGUGAGGUUGUAAACCCACGUGUCUGCCUCUCAAUUAAAGUUUAUUUUUUUUCUUUUCUUUUUUUCUUUCUUCUCUCACUUCGUUUCUUUGUUUUUUCGUGUUCUCUGCAACAAGUAGAGAGACGAAACCGAUCGAAACGACGAAACCCACCACUGAUCCUCCACAUGGAUCCUCCACCACCGAUACUCCACCACCCAUCGUCCGUCUCCGUUCUUGUGUUCUCCGGGACAGAGGAAUGAUCCAAACCCACCACCAAUCAAAACCCACCACCACCGAUGGAAACACACCACGAUUCCUCUGUCCCUCGAUUCCUCCGUCGAUCGAUUCUCUAAAUCUUCUCAGUUCCACGGCGAGUCCCUCGAUUCCUCUCUCCUUCUUUCUUCAAAUCGUUUGAUGUUUCUCACUGAAUUUCUAUGUUUUUUUUUUGUAGGAUGUCGUCGGGAUUGUGGCGAAACUAUCAAAACUCUCUGAAACUCCGAAAGACAAAAAGGUUCGAAGUUGACGCGAGGAAACAAGAAGGUAUGUCUCAAUCAUCAUCCCCUUCAAUAAGUUGUUGUUUUCAUCUGUGAUCUUAUUAGUUGUUUAUCAGUUUUGUAUCUGUUUUUUGGAGAGUUUUGUAGAUAUGUUGUAGUUACCGCAUCAAUGAAAGGCUUGUGUUUCAUCAGAUUUAUGUCACUGAUCCUGUGAAGAAGAACGGCUUCUACUCUGGAAGGUAUACUUUCCAUUGUUAAUUUUAAGAAGACGUAUGUGAUUUGAUAGAUGCUUGUUUAAAAAUUUAAAUUUUUUGGCUUAUAGUGCAGGGAGGAAUGAGGCGGUCUAGAAGAGAGUAACUUGGAAGUGACUGAAGCUGAUCCUGAUUGCAAGACCAGGUACUGUUCGAUUUCUAAAAGCUUUUCUUGCUUUGAUCUUAAUUGAUUGUGUCUGGUAGUAGUUGACAAAGUUUAAGAUCAUUUGGUUGUGAGAAUUAGGUUGUGGUUAGAAUGAAAGCGUGUGAUGAAUGCGUACGAUUAAUGCUUGGUUAGGUAAUAAAUAUGUUAGAUAUAGGUCAGUUCAGAAUGAAGUUGAAUUCUUUCGACAAAAAAAAGAUGCUCUCGGCCGUCUUAGUCUCUCUCCACUUCAAAAGUGUACAGCAGCCAUUCGUGUCUUGGCAUACGGUAAUGCGGCAGAUGCUGUUGACGAAUACCUCCGACUCGGUGAAACUACUGCUCGGUCAUGUGUGGAACACUUUGUCGAAGGAAUAAUAUACUUAUUCGGCAAUGAGUACCUAAGAAGACCAACACCGGACGAUCUUCAACGUCUACUUUAUGCUGGUGAGUUCCGUGGAUUUCCCGGGAUGAUAGGGAGCAUCGAUUGUAUGCAUUGGGAGUGGAAGAAUUGUCCCACCGCUUGGAAAGGGCAAUAUGCACGUGGUUCGGGAAAACCCACAAUUGUUUUAGAGGCGGUUGCUUCAUUUGAUCUCUGGAUAUGGCAUGCGUUUUUUGGACCUCCAGGUACCUUAAAUGAUAUCAAUGUUCUUGAUCGCUCACCUGUUUUUGAUGACAUAAUACAAGGUAAAGCACCGCAAGUCACUUACUCGGUCAAUGGAAGGGAGUAUCAUAUGGCUUACUAUCUCACUGAUGGGAUUUAUCCAAAAUGGGCUACUUUUAUCCAAUCUAUUCGGGAGCCACAAGGACCGAAAGCGGUUUUAUUUGCUAAACAACAAGAAGCUGUCCGAAAAGAUGUCGAGCGUGCUUUUGGAGUCUUGCAAGCUCGCUUUGCCAUUAUUAAAAACCCGGCACUUUUUUGGGACAAAGCCAAAAUUGGAAAUAUUAUGAGAGCAUGUAUCAUACUCCAUAAUAUGAUUGUAGAAGAUGAGCGAGAUGGAUAUUCUCUGCUUAAUGUUUCAGAGUUCCAACAAGGAGAAGACACCGGGAGUUCACAUGUCUAUGUUGAUGUGGAAAGAGAUAUCCCUUCAAAUAUUACCAAUAUGAUGGGUGUUCGAAGUAAAAUUCGUGAUCCACAUAAACACCAACAACUGAAAGCUGAUUUGGUUGAACACAUAUGGCAUAAAUUUGGAGAGUUCUGAAGAUAACAACAAGUUCGGAAGUUUGCUUCAAAAUAUUCUCGAUUAUUGUACUAAUCUUUAUUUUCAUGUUUUUUUUUUAAUUUAUGUUUAAAAUGUUAUAUUUUAAUAUGUUUUGUUUAAUAAA